AUGGAAGACCCUCCAUUUUACCCCUCUGCUGGAGGACAGACCCAGAUGACGCCUAACAGAGUAAGCUUGCGCCCCCGCAUGUUUUCCAGCCGCCGUGAACCUACUUACCACAUCCAACAAGGGCUUAAUAGUCUGACGCUGAGGCCCAUGAGCACUCCUUUUUCCGAGGACAUAAUGAACGCCCCGGAAGAACCCAAGGUCAAGACUCCUACCAUUGAAGCCUAUGACGGUACUACUGACCCAGAUAUGUACCUAGUUGCUUACCGUCACCACAUGUUCAUGGCACACAAGGAAGAAAGGAAAACGAGCAUGCAUUUAGGACGCAUUCAACAAGGGAAAGAUGAAUCAUUAAGAAGUUAUGUGAAACGAUUCAAUCUAGAGACUGGGCAGAUCCCAGACCUACCCGACGUCGUCUUUUUUGAUAACUUUAUCAGGGGACUGAAGAAAGGGUCCUUCAAGUUUGAUUUAGUUAAGAAGAGUGUGCGAACUAUGGCCGGAGUUCUAGAUGAGGCUGAAGCAUUCAUUCACGCAACGGAAAUAUGCAGCGCGUCCAAGGAUGGAAAGACAGGUGAAGCAACAGACUCCUCAAGAAAGAAGGAUAAGAUAGACCGAAAGGCUCCAUGGGUAAAUGGCACUUGGGCCCUGUCAAAAGAGCAUGAUAACUCUCCUGGGCACAAGAGAGAGCGUCCGCAAGAGAGAGAAUACUUUGAGUAUAACACAGAUCUCCUCACAAUCCUAAAAGACGUUGGGACACGGUUUGAUCUUGAACGGCCUUUUCCUAUGAAGUCACUUGCUGAGAGUCGAGACCCUAAGCUGUAUUGCCAGUUCCACGAGGAUAUAGGGCAUGACACCAAGAACUGUAGAAGCUUAAAGAGAGCCCUAGACGGCCUCGCCUCUAAAGGACACCUCAAAAAUUACUUACAGAGAAAUGCUCACGGCUCGGGAAAGAGCCAAUACAAGAAGAACAAGUCCCCUGUCUCACUUAUAGAGGGAAACCACAACGAAGGAGGAUUUGUAGCCGUCAUUUCUGGGGGGCCAGCUGCUGGGGGCCCCACUAUGAGGGGACAGAAAGACUACGCUCGCCGCCUAGGACAAGUGAUGCUGUCAGGAAAGUCACCUGUAGACCCGUUCCCUCGGAUUGAGAUAUGCGAGUCGGAUGGCGGACGAGUAGCCACCCCACAUGAUGAUCCUCUGGUGGUCGAAAUCAAAAUCUCCAAUAUGAGAGUCAAGCUUAUCCUGAUAGAUACAGGGAGUUUGUCCGACAUAAUGAGCAUGGAGUGCCUCAACCGUCUAGCUCACGAUCCAAAGACCAUUGAAAGCAUACACUACCCUAUCAUCGGUUUUGGAGGAAGCAUAAUACAUUGUAAGAUUAAAGCAGUAGUUGUCACCCACCUCAUGCUCCUGAAGUUUGUAUGUGAUGAUGGGGCAAUAGGAACUAUACAUGGAGACCAACAGCAAGCAAGAGACUGCUACCUCACAACCCUCAACCUGUCAUCAUGGAAGAAAGAUUUGGGCGAAGUGAGGACCAAGAGAAAACUCGAGGAGGAACUACCUGCUGCCAAUGAGAAUAUACCAGCCAAGAUAGAAAAAAGUGGCUAA